AUGGUUGGCAUAAAAACACUGGGAUACAUUGAUCAACGAUUGAGGUCUAUAUUAAGAAUAAAUAAACCAUUUGGUGACAUAAAUGUAAUAGUGUUUGGCGAUUUCUUUCAAUUAGCACCGGUAUUAGCAACACCAUUGUACGAUAGUUUUGAAGAAAUAUUGACUAAAUUUCCAAGUGCUGUAGAAAUGUUAUCGAUUAAAUCUAUUUGGGAAACAUUCAAGUUUUAUGAGUUGACUGAAAUAAUGCGCCAAAAAAAUGACAAACAAUUUGCAAUAAUGUUAACAAAGUUGGCCAGAGGACAGUUGGAGGAAGCUGAUGUAAAAUAUUUCCAAAAUCUUAUAACCCACCUAGACAUUACUUUUCAACCACAAGUAAUGCAUCUUUGGGCUACUAAUUACGAAGUCGACGAAAUGAACAGGAGAGUGCUUAACUCUAUGAAUCAAGUUAGUUUCAUAUCCGAAGCCAUUGAUACGUCUGCGAAACGAUCGGAUAUUGAAUCUGCCAAGAAACUGCCACGACAAAAGACUAUGGGUUUAGCUUUAAGGUUAGUUUUAAAAGAAACAGCUAAAUACAUGGUGAUAGUAAACAUUUCAACCGAAGACGGCAUAGUGAACGGUGCAAUCGGAGAACUCAUGCAAAUAAACAAAGGACAGACUACAGGAGGUAAAGAAGUUGCAAAAAGAGUUUGGAUCAAGUUUGAUGAGCCAGAUGUGGGGUCACUAACCAGACAGAAGAUAAAAACAAACUAA